AUGCAGGGCUCCAGUCAUACCCUUUUGGCCUUUGGCCCCCAGAGUCUCUCGUUUGACAAACGGGCCCUAAAUAAAUUGCGACAAGACAUAAGCCGGAGCAGCCAUCGACGGUGGAUUCAGGAAACGAUCGCGGAGCUCCCAGCGCUCUGGACAAUCUUAUCCAAUGCACUGCCGGAGCUCAGCGAGGUGCUUCCCCCUCAGGACCGACUCCAGGACUUGAGCCGGCUAUUGGAGCAUGGUGACAGUGAUGUCGGAGACGAGUUGAACAUAUCGAACAUCAUACUCACGCCGCUUGUUGUCCUAACGCAUCUGACCGAAUACGAGCACUAUCUCGCGACAGAGCAUCAACCCAUCGAUAAAGCAACAGCCACUGGCUUCUGUACCGGACUGCUGAGCACAUUCGCCGUGGCAAGCUCACGGACAGCUGAAGACCUGGCGACAUGUGGCCCCGUUGCGGUGCGGCUGGCCAUGUUGGUCGGGGCGCUGGUUGACGCAGAGGAGGCCCGGCAGGAGCUGCUUGGGAACGGACGGUCCGUAUCAUACUCAAUCGCGUGGACUAGUGACGACCAAGAGCGACGACUUCAGGAUAUCCUCAAGCAGUGGCACCCAGAGGUUUAUCUUUCGGUUCAAUAUGAUCGUGCACGGGCGACCCUCACGAGUUCGGGGCGCGCCGCAGCAGCGCUAGCACAGGAGCUGCGCAAGAACGGGCUCACAGUCGCCCAGGUGCGGUUGCAGGGAAGAUUCCAUGAUCCGUCGGAUUCAAGGAAGGCAUAUACUGACGCCUUGGUCGAUCUAUGCGAUCGGACGCCUGCGCUUCAAUAUGCCUCCACGCCAUCCAUGUCUUUAGCCUACGCAAACCCUGGCAACUUGAGUUUGCACGAAAUCGCAGUGCGCAGUAUGCUUGUUCAGCGAUGCGACUGGUAUGACACCUUCAGCGCUGCCUAUCCGGAGACAUCAGAUCCGCCUCGGGUAGUAUGCUUCGGUUCCGAGAAAUGCAUCCCACCAUCGCUGGCUAGGCGAAUGAAGAGCGGACACCAGCAAGAACCAAACGCCUUCGCUGGCCUCGACCAAGAUAACAUGAUCGCAGUCGUGGGUAUGUCGAUCAAAACAGCCGGAGCAGAUGACUUGGACGAAUUCGCCCAAAUGCUACGAACGGGCAAAUCGCAGCAUCAGGCAAUCAAGGAAGACGAGAUUAACUUCAACACCCCCUGGCGAACCGACAAAGGUACUCGGACUUGGUACUCGAACCUCAUCAAGGACCGCAGCCAGUUCGAUCACAGCUUUUUCAAGAUGAGCCCUCGCGAAGCCGCCGCCAUGGACCCGCAGCACCGGCAUUUCCUGCAAGCCGCAUAUCAGGCGGUUGAGCAAUCGGGGUAUUUCACGGAGCCAGGACACGACGAGACCAAGCUGCCCGAAGACUCGGUUGGCGUUUUUGUUGGCAUCGCCACAACCGACUACGACCAGCAUGUCGCAUGCCAUGACCCCAAUGCGUACACUGCCACGGGGAAUCUGCGGGCCUUCCUUGCGGGCAGGGUGUCUCACCAGUUCGGGUGGACGGGUCCUGCGUUGACUUUGGAUACAGCCUGCUCGUCUUCCGCGGUCGCCAUCCAUCUUGCUUGUCGGAGCAUCCUCGCCGGCGAGUGUUCCUCCGCCCUGGCCGGUGGCGUCGCCGUUAUGAGCAGUCCUUUCUGGUUUCAGAACCUGGCCGCUGCUAGUUUCCUUAGCCCCACGGGUCAAUGCAAGCCAUUCGACGAGAAAGGAGACGGCUACUGCCGGUCGGAAGGUAUUGGAUGCGUGAUGUUGAAGAGGAUGAGCGCCGCGGUGGCCAAUAACGAUCAAAUCCUCGGCUGCAUCGCAGCAACAGCGGUGCAUCAGAACCAGAACUGCACUGCCUUGGUUGUUCCCAACAAGCCUUCGUUGGCCCCGUUAUUCAAGCAGGUCGUUUCCAAAUCAGGCCUCACAUCAGCAGAUAUCUCACUGGUCGAGGCCCACGGGACCGGGACUGCGGUAGGUGAUCCAGCGGAAUACGCCAGUAUCGCCCAGGCCCUUGAUGUUGCUCAGCGGCCGAGCCCCCUCUUUCUCGGCUCCGUCAAGGGGCAUGUCGGACACACCGAAGCAGCGGCUGGGGUUGUCUCCUUGGUCAAAGUGCUGACAAUGAUGAACGAAGGAUUCAUCCCACCGCAAGCAAGUCACACUCGACUUAGCCCACGGAUCACUGCUGCGACAGACAAGAUCCGCAUUUCCAGUGAGCUGCGCGCUUGGGACUCACCCCAAAAGGCAGCGUUGGUCAACAGUUACGGAGCGUCAGGGUCCAACACGUCAAUGGUAGUAGUGCAGCCUCGAAAGCAUCACAUCCCUCGGGCUCAGCACGGCGCAACUAGCGAUGGCUUAGCUCUCCCCUUCUGGAUCUCGGGCACAAAUGACGCAGAAGUCACCGCGUAUUGUGCUCGUCUUGCUGAGUAUAUUCGGACGCGGCCGUCAACACAGCUGGAUGAUCUUUCCUUCAACCUGAGCCGACAGUGCACGCGCACGCUAGCCCGCCAAUUCGUCUUCAGCUGUCGCUCGGUAUCGGAGCUGCAAACCAUGAUCUCUCAAGGUGCUUCAGCCGAUGGUAGCAGCAAGGUCGUUCCAGCAGAGCGUCCUGUGAUCCUCUGCUUUGGAGGCCAAGUUUCGACCUUUGUUGGCCUGAACCGUCCGGUGUACGAUAGUGUCAGUCUCCUGCGCCGGUAUUUGGACGAAUGCGAUGCGGCAAUGACGAGCAUGGGCCUGGAGAGUAUCUACCCGGAAAUAUUCGCUAGCAGUCCCGUACAGGAUACGGUCAAACUGCAAUGCAUGCUGUUUGCAAUGCAGUACAGUUGUGCGCGUUGUUGGCUAGACUGCGGCGUUUCGACCAAGAUCGCUGCGGUAGUCGGGCACAGUUUCGGCGAGCUCACUGCCCUGAGCAUCUCGGGCGUUCUCAGCGUCCAGGAUACAAUCAAGCUCGUCGCUGGUCGUGCGCGUCUCAUUCGCGACCAAUGGGGUAGUGACCGAGGUGCCAUGAUGGCAGUCGAAGGCGACGAGAGCAUCAUCCACCAACUCCUGGAAGACGCAUCGCAGCAGACAAAAUCCAGUCAUCCUGCGUCCAUUGCGUGCUACAACGGCCCGCGGAGCUUCACGCUUGGAGGGUCAACCGCUGCCAUCCAGGGUGUCAAAGAAACCCUGGUUAGCAAGUACCCUUACAUUCGCCACAAGCAGCUGAACGUCACAAACGCUUUUCAUUGUAGCCUUGUCGACGGCAUUGUCGAGCCUCUCAAGCGCCUGGGAGAAGAACUGACUUUCAACUCCCCCGCCAUCCAUAUCGAGCACUCGUCGUCCACGCCAUCGACUGGAGCACGGCCAUCGGCCACCUUUGUCGCCGACCACCUGCGCAAGCCCGUAUACUUUUACCAUGCCAUUGAGCGUCUGGCAAGAGCAUAUCCAGACAGCAUAUGGCUUGAGGCGGGUUCCAACUCGACGAUUACCACAAUGGCAGGCCGGGCCCUUCGUCCGACCUCCGACAUAGUGGGACAGUCGCAGCACCAUUUUCAGGCUCUCAACAUCACGCACGGCGGUCGAGGUUCCGACAGUCUGACUGAGACGACACUCUCCCUGUGGAAGGAGGGUUUGCGGGUGUCAUUCUGGCAGCACCACGCUGUGCAGAUGAACCAGUAUGCGCACUUGAUUCUCCCUCCGCGCCAGUUUGCAAAGACACGUCACGGACAGGAUAUCAUUGCUCCGAAAACAGACCAGGGCGCGAUGCAGCAGGCUGAGGCUCCAAAGCCGGACGGUCUUUGGACCUUUGUUGGCUAUGAGGACAACGACGAGAGGCGACCUCGAUUCCAAAUCAAUAGCGAGUCCGAAAAAUACCUGGCCAUGGUCGAGGGACACGUCAUGGCCCGCACGGCGGCAAUCUGCCCUGCUGGCUUGGAGGUCGACAUGGCCAUCGAAGCCCUAUUCAGCCUGCAUCCAGAAUGGAAAACGGAACGGCUCCAGCCCAUGCUGACAGACAUGGUCAACUCUGCGCCCGUCUGUCUUGAUCCCUACCGCAAAUUCUGGCUACAGUUGUCUGCCUCGGACGAGGCACGAAGACUAUGGGACUGGAACAUCACGAGCACCCGCGAGAGCAGCACUUCCAGCCUCCUUCACGUCAAGGGCUCUCUGCAUAUCCGCUCUCCAGAGGACGCGAUUUACCGGGCUGACUUUUCGCGUCUUGAACGCCUCGUCCCACAUCGCCAAUGCACGGAUCUCCUAGCAAUGGCCGGUGCGACGCCUGUCGGCAUGGAAGAUGAGAUCCAUGUCCUACAAGGGCGCAACGUGUACCAAGGCUUCAGCGACGUCAUUUCCUACACUCCGCUUUACCGCAGUCUCCGUCGGCUCGUGGGACAUGGAAACGAGAGCGCUGGGUGCGUGAUGCGCAAGAGGUCUCAUGACACUUGGCUCGAUGUGCCGCUGAGUGAAUGUUUCAUGCAGACGGGAGGUAUCUGGGUCAGCUGUAUGACAGACCGCAGCCCUGACGACGUCUUCAUCGCGACGGGAUGUGAGCUAUGGAUGCGCUCCCCAAGCGUUGCUGAUGCAAAGGAGAAGGGCGACGAAGGCCCCGAUAUGUGGCAUGUUCUUGCUCGUCACUCGCGUGUUUCCGACAAGGUCUACUUGACGGACGUGUUUGUUUUUGACUCUCGCACCGGUGCCCUAACGGAAGUCAUUAUGGGCACCAAGUUUAGUCGGAUUCCGAAGACGGUCAUGCGCAAGAUCCUCUCCGAGUUCCAACCCGAUACAACCGUCCGGGAGAAGGGGCCUACCCGUCAAGCACCAAGCCCACUUUCCAGCACGAAACAGCAAAUCACCAUGGCAGAACCCCCCAGAAAACGCAAAUCGGUUCAGAAGCCUGAUAUAACAGAUCAAGUUUGCCAGCUGCUCUCCAGCGUUUGCGGCAUCGAGCCGGCAAAGAUCAGUCGAAGUGCGGAGCUCUCGGACCUGGGCGUCGACUCGCUGAUGGCCAUGGAACUCGCGCGAGAGGUUGAGGGCGUUUUCAAGUUUUCGCCGGAUCACAACGACUUGCUGGAAGCUACCACCGUCGAGAAGUUGACUAGCUAUAUUUCAAGCUCACUGUCUGGCUUUUCCACUUCCGACGACAACCAAGGUUCAUCACAUGAGACAGACUCGUCAGGCGAAUCAAACCCAGCAACGCCUACUGUGGCUUAUUCGUCGACUGAUGACUUCCGGGAACCUUUCAUCAUCCCUUCUUCUCGAGAUGAAACCGAGAUACUGUCCCUUGCGGAAAGCGACGAUACGUUCGUUAGACCGCAAAAGCCAAACAUCGAGUUGCCAAGUCGGAGUACUGACCGCGAGGAGAUUGCCGAGCAGUAUGUGGCCCGAUACACGGCGGGAUUUAUCCCCCCGGUGUCGUCGCGAUUGGCCUCGCAGGGCCACAAGGGAAUUGUGGUCAUCAUCACCGGCGCAACUGGCAGCCUUGGGUCGCAUCUAGUGGCAAGCUUCGCCCGCAACCCGGCAGUACGAACGGUUGUCUGUCUGAACCGGCGCAGCAACACGCCAGGUUCCAUUCGACAAGGCGAAGCACUCUCAUCGCGCAGGCUAGAGUUAACAGAGGCGGAAAGUAGGAAGCUUCGCAUGCUGGAUGGGAACACCAGCGAGCCGCACCUCGGUCUCCCCGCAGACGAAUACACCUGGCUCGCUCGGAACGCCACUCACAUCGUGCACAAUGCGUGGCCUAUGAGUCUCGCGCGCCCGAUCCACACAUUCGUACCCCAAUUCCAGGCACUGCGAAAUCUGCUCGACCUCGCGCGUGAAAUGGCCUGUAACCUAAGCCCGAAUGGCAUGCGCGUCGGAUUCCAAUUCGUGUCCUCGAUCAGUGUCGUCGGGUCCGCUGCCCAGCAGCGCGUGCUCGAGCAACGAGUUGACCUCCGCUCUUCAUUACCAAUCGGGUACCCAGAGGCGAAAUGGGUAUGCGAGCGCAUGCUCGACGAAACGCUCCACCGCUACCCCGACCACUUCCGGCCGAUGGUCGUGCGGCCAGGCCAAAUCACCGGCUCCAGGCAUGCGGGGAUCUGGCCGCACUCAGAGCACAUGCCGCUUCUCAUCAAGACAGCCCAGACGCUCCAGGCGUGGCCGGAUCUCAACGGACCCCUGCACUGGGUUCCUGUUGACACGGUCGCCCAGACGAUGGGUGACCUGCUUCUCCCGGGCGUCGACUCGAGCUCCCUCGACAAGCGCGAACACGACGCAUACCCGGUCUACCACAUUGACAAUCCCGUGGGGCAGCCGUGGAAGGAAAUGACCCCGGUCAUCACAUCAGCUCUCAACAUCCCGUCGGAUAGAGUCAUCCCGUAUCAAGACUUCCUUAACCUCUUGCGCUCCUCGCCUCUGGACCGGGACCGUGAGAUUCCCGCAGCUAAGAUCAUGGACUUCUUCACGCGCGACUUUGAGCACAUGGCUUGCGGUGGGUUGAUUCUGGAUACGACAUUGUCGCAGCAGCAUUCGGCUGCGAUGGCUGCUCAGGGACCCGUCACCGCGGAGGAAGUGAGGCAAUACAUCAAACGGUGGAGGGAAAUGGGAUUCCUCGCUAAUCGGCCAUGA